AUGGGUUCGCCACUCUUAGGGCUGCUUGUGGAUGAGGUUAUGAAACACUUCGAAGCCAAAGCCUUUGAAAUUCUACAACCUCGUCUGUGGAUAGGUUAUGUGGACGAUACAUUUGUCAUACUCAGAGCCUCCACAGUAGAUCAGUUCCACCAAAUGAUCAAAGAGCAGGUGCCCGGUAUCAACUUCACACGAGAGGAAGAAAAAGAUGGACAACUCCCCUUCCUCGACAUCCUUCUCAUGAAGCAACCCGACGGAAUAAUCUAA